AUGGACGACCUCUAUGACGAGUUCGGCAACUAUAUCGGUGAAGAGCCGUCAGACGAAGUAGAAAACGAGCAACAACCCACCAACACCUACGACCAAUACCUCGACCAAGAUGAUGAACCAGCAGCAGCCGCCGAUGACGAGCUUAUGGAAGUGGACGAUGGACCCUCCAAUGCCGUUGUCCUUCACGAAGACAAACAGUACUACCCUUCCGCCUCUCAACUCUACGGUCCAGAUGUCGAAACCCUGGUCCAAGAAGAAGAUACCCAGACCCUUCAACAACCAAUAGUCGAGCCCGUCAAGACUGAGCGGUUCGUGGUAGAAGAGACCGGUGACUUGCCGAGAGUAAGCUGGGAAUGGUCCUUCCUGUCAGACCUCAUGCGGUUUCCGGAACAAGUACGGAACAUCGCGCUUGUAGGACAUCUCCAUCACGGCAAAACGAGUUUCAUGGAUAUGCUCGUGAGCCAGACACAUGACGUCUCUACGCUUUCGGGUCUGGAAGCACAGAAGGGACAGGGAAGAAAUCGGGAAGAUCAGAUGCGGUAUACCGAUACCCACAUCCUCGAGCGCGAACGAGGAUUAAGCAUCAAAGCGGCACCUAUGAGCUUACUCAUGCAGGGCACGAGCGGGAAGAGCCAAUUACUUCACAUCAUCGACACACCUGGGCAUGCGAAUUUCGCGGAUGAAGUGGCGGCUAGUAUGAGGCUGGUAGAUGGCGUCGUGGUGGUCGUAGAUGUGGUGGAAGGCGUCCAGACAACAACCGAACUAGCCCUCAAACACGCCGUCCUAAACAACUUACCGAUCGUUCUGGUCGUCAACAAAAUGGAUCGCCUUAUCCUGGAACUAAAACUCCCGCCCGCAGACGCCUACUUCAAACUCAAGCACGUGGUGGAGGAGGUCAAUACAUUCAUCGAGAACACGAUCCCCGGUCGAGGCGAGAAGUUCCGCGUCAGUCCCGAAAAAGGCAACGUAGCUUUUGCAUGCAGCAGUAUGGGUUGGUCUUUCACGUUACCAUCUUUCGCGAAGAUGUACGCUGCAAACUAUCCCCAAGCCGAGUUCGAUGCCGGAGCAUUCGCGAAGAGGUUAUGGGGUGACAUCUACUUCAACCCUGGCUCACGCAAAUUCACUCGCAAGGCGGUGGAGGAGCGGGCGAAGAGGAGUUUUGUGCAUUUCGUCCUCGAGCCGGUGUAUAAACUCUACUCGCACACCCUCUCCGAGUCGCCGGAAGAAUUGAAGAAGACGUUGGGAGAGCUGGGGAUCUCGCUGAAGAACAGUCAGUUGAAGGCUAAUGCGAAGGAUUUGCUCAGGAUGGUCUGUGAGCAAUUUUUCGGCACCGCGGCCGGGUUCGUGGAUAUGUUGACCCAGCAUAUCCCUUCUCCGCAGCAGGGUGCGAAGAGGAUGCUGGAUUCUUUCUAUUCUGGCCCGCAGGACUCGAAGACCGCGGAGACGAUGCUGGAAUGUGAUGCUGAGGGGCCGCUGGUCGUGCAUAUUACUAAGCUUUUCAAUACGGCUGAUGCGCAGAACUUCAAUGUUUACGGGCGUGUGAUGUCCGGGACAGCGCGACCGGGGAUGAAGGUCAGAGUACUGGGCGAGAAUUACAGCCUGGAUGAUGAGGAGGACAUGGUCACGGCCGUCAUCGAAAGCACCAGUAUUACCGAAUCACGAUACUCCGUCCCUGUCUCCGGUGUCCCGGCUGGGAAUCUGGUGCUACUGGGUGGGAUCAGCAAUAGUAUUGUCAAAUCCGCUACAGUCGUCGCCGAAAAACUCCCGGAGGACGAGGAUGCCUACAUCUUCAACCCUGUGGUGCACUUCUUCGAGAGCGUGUUCAAACUCGCCAUCGAACCUAUCAAUCCAUCCGAAUUACCAAAGAUGUUGGAUGGAUUGCGGAAGAUCAAUAAAUCUUACCCUCUCAUCACGACGAAAGUGGAGGAGAGCGGGGAGCACGUCGUCCUAGGCACAGGAGAAUUAUACAUGGACUGCGUCCUCCACGACCUCCGCAAACUCUACGGACAAAUGGAAAUCAAAGUCUCCGAUCCCGUGACCCGCUUCGCCGAGACCUGCGUCGAUCAAUCCGCCAUCAAAUGUUUCGCCAUCACCCCCAACAAGAAAAACAAAAUCACCUUCGUGGCCGAACCCCUGGACGACGGCAUCGCGGCCGACAUUGAGACCGGCAAAGUGCUCAUCUCGGACCCGGUGCGCAAGGUGGGAAAAUUCUUCGAGGAGAAGUAUGGCUACGACUUACUCGCAUCGAGAAAUAUCUGGGCCUUCGGUCCCAGCGAUUCAGACCCGAAUCUUUUGCAAAACGAUACCUUACCCGGUGAUGUCGACCCGAAAUUGUUGCGCUCGGUGCGGGAGAGUUUCAAGCAAGGCUUCAGCUGGGCGACGCGCGAGGGUCCGUUGUGCGAGGAGCCGAUUCGGAAUGUCAAGUUCAGGAUUACGGAUGUUAGUCUGGCGGACGAGGCGAUAAGUAGGGGUGGAGGGCAGGUUAUCCCGACUGUACGACGGGCGUGUUAUUCGGCUUUUUUGAUGGGGGGGCCGAGGUUGUUGGAGCCGGUUUAUGGGUGUUCCAUGUUGGGGCCGGCUACGGCUGUUUCCGCGUUGUAUACUGUUCUUGCGCGGCGGCGCGGGCAUGUGUUGAGCGAUGCGCCGGUGCCGGGGACGCCGCUGUAUAGUGUCAAGGGUCUUUUGCCUGUUAUUGAUUCUUUUGGGUUUGAGACGGAUUUGAGGAUUCAUACACAGGGGCAGGCGACGGUCUCGCUUGUUUUUGAGCGGUGGAGUUUGGUGCCGGGGGAUCCGUUGGAUAAGGCGGUUGGGACGAGGCCGUUGGAGCAGGCGAGGGGGGGGGAGACGGCGAGGGAUUUUGUUUUGAAGACGAGGAGGAGGAAGGGGUUGGUGGAGGAUGUUGGGGUCGGGAGGUAUUUGGAGGCGGAGGUUGUGAGGGGGUUGAGGGAGAGUGGUGUGCUUGAUGGCUGA